UCUCUUGUACCCGCCGAUCCAUCUUCAGAGACUUCCACGGCGACAAGUUCAAAUUGCCUCAAAGCUUCCAUCUGUGAACAUCUACGACAAGUUAUUUCCUGCUUUUUUUCUGCCUGCUUUGACAUUAACGCCGUGGUAAACCAAGCAUCAUCCCUGGAACGAGCAGAACAACAUCACUUUUGGCUGAACAUCGCAGGCCAUUGGGCCGCCUCCGGAAUUGAAUGCAUCUGGCUGGAGUAGAAGGCACAAUUAUCCCUAGCAAAGGAUAGAUUUGGCAAUCCUUGAUAACACGCUUCUAGAAAUCGACGGGAGACAAAUCCCAUCAUUGAUGAGCAACAAUGGAACUCUAUCCUUGUAGAGAUAUCAUGCUCAGGCCGUUCUUUGUAAAAUAACUACCGCAUCAUUGAAUGGGAUUCAUGAUAAAUGGCAUGGAGUCGCCGCUCCCACCCAUGCUCUUUAAUGACACGCUUUUGCCUUCAAAGAAGAGUUGCUUCUAAUUCCAGAGAACUUUGAAAAGAAACUACCAAGAAUCUCUAUGAACACUAUUCUAUUCUCUCUACAACAAGCACAAGUAUACUCCGCGAUGGGCUAGCACGUUUCCCAUCAUCAACAAGAAUGCGCAACAAACUAUCACUGAGUGACCAGUCAAAAAGUUUUUCCUCUAAUAUAUUUCCUUGUUUAUUGAUUGUACUUCGUCAUUCAUUACAUCUUUCUAAUGAACAAGGCGGCACUUUAUACAGUGAAAGCGAACAUCUCCCAGCACAUGAACAAAACACAUUCCCAAAAUCACUCCCAUCCCACAGUACUCAGUCCCGGUAGCCCAUCGAUAUCUUUCCAGAAGAACCCUCAACUACCAGUCUCUCAUCAAGUGCCCAUCAUCACGAUCUAACUCCAUGCCUCUUUCGUAUAUCUAAGACUACUCCGCUACUAUCUCUCUCAAACCACGCCUCUCUUUUAUCGACCACUACGAAAGCUAGAACAAC